UUAGGCCUUCAAAUCUGGUGAAAAGCCCAAAUCCAGUCAAACAUUUCACUUCCGAGCCCAAACUUCUCCUCUUCACCGAAAAAUUUCCGCCGGAAUCCGCCACUCUGUCGGCAAUGUGGUCGACGAAACUUUCACAACCACCGGCAUCUAGUUACUGCAGUCUCCAAAGCUCCCUCCUCUCUCUCGCCAUCUUAACCUUACUCUCCUUCACAUACCUUUCCCUCAAAUCCUUCCACUCUCCUAAUUCUCCUUCUUCUGAAACUCCUUCGCUCAUCGUGCAAUCAUCUCAGGUUGUUAGGGAGGAGGAGGAGGUGUUAUCGGAUGUGUAUAAUUCGCCGGGAGUGUUUAGGUUGAAUUAUGAAGAAAUGGAGAGGAAAUUUAAGGUGUAUAUAUAUAAAGAUGGAGAUCCGAAAACGUUUUAUCAAACGCCAAGGAAGCUGACUGGGAAGUAUUCUAGUGAAGGAUAUUUCUUCCAGAAUAUUCGAGAGAGUAAGUUUGUUACUGAGGAUCCAAAUGAGGCUCACUUGUUCUUCAUUCCGAUCUCUUGUCAUAAGAUGAGAGGAAAGGGAACAUCAUAUGAGAACAUGACCAUAAUUGUACAGAACUAUGUUGAUAGUUUGAUAGCCAAAUAUCCAUACUGGAAUAGAACCAUGGGUGCAGAUCACUUCUUUGUUACCUGUCAUGAUGUUGGGGUCAGGGCAACUGAAGGGCAUCCCUUUCUUGUAAAGAAUGCAAUCCGUGUCGUGUGCUCCCCUAGCUAUGAUGUUGGAUAUAUUCCGCAUAAGGAUGUUGCUCUUCCACAAGUUCUGCAGCCAUUUGCCCUUCCUGCUGGAGGAAAUGACAUUGAGAACAGGACAACUUUGGGUUUCUGGGCAGGUCAUAGAAACUCUAAAAUCAGGGUUAUCCUGGCACGUCAGUGGGAAAAUGACACUGAAUUGGAUAUUUCCAACAAUAGGAUAAACAGGGCUACAGGACCUCUUGUUUAUCAAAAGAGAUUUUACAGGACAAAGUUCUGCAUAUGUCCAGGUGGUUCCCAGGUUAACAGCGCUCGUAUAACAGACUCAAUACAUUAUGGAUGUGUUCCUGUGAUACUUUCUGAUUACUAUGAUUUGCCAUUUAAUGACAUUAUUGAUUGGCGUAAGUUUGCGGUCGUACUGAGGGAGAAGGAUGUAUAUGACCUAAAGCAAAUUCUCAAGAACAUCACACAAGAAGAAUUUGUCACCUUGCAUGACAAUUUAGUAAAGAUUAAGAAGCACUUCCAGUGGAAUGCACCUCCUAUAAGACAUGAUGCUUUUCAUAUGGUCAUGUAUGAACUCUGGCUUCGCCAUCACGUGAUCAAAUACUAGACCAGAAGCUACAUAUGUAUUUGCAUUUGUACAUUUUAUACAAUUAUAACCGAAAUUAGCUCUCGCAAUCAAACAUACUGAACAGUACACAUACAAAUCAUCACUUCUGAUUCAGAUUAUAAC